AUGAGUGAAGCAGAUAGAAUCGGGCCAGAUAUGAGCCACAAGCAAACUCUGGCCGACCGGAUCAAUGGCGUCCGGAAGACUUUCUUCACCAAAAACGGCCUGGUUGGCUCAUACGACUACGCAUUCCUGUUUCGACCGAACAUUCCCUUCAUGAAGAAGCCUCGGCGCGCGAGCCCAUUCUUCGGCUUGAAUGAUACCAUGCCUGUCGUCCUGGCUCUUUUGCUCGGAUUUCAGCACGCCCUGGCCAUGUUGGCCGGUGUCAUGUCCCCUCCCAUCAUCUUGUCCGGUCAAGGCGGUGCCAACCUGACUCAGGAGGAUCAGCAAUACCUCGUCUCGACGUCCUUGAUUGUGUGCGGCAUCCUGUCGUCCGUCCAGAUCACUCGCUUCCACAUCUACAAGACUCCAUACUACAUUGGAACCGGCCUGAUUUCUGUCGUUGGCACAUCCUUCGCCAUUAUUCCAGUCGCCCAGGGUGCCUUUAAUCAAAUGUAUGCAAACGGAUUUUGCCCGGUCGACGCAGACGGCAACAAACUACCCUGCCGAGAAGCAUAUGGAGCACUGAUCGGAACCUGCGCGGUCUGCGCCUUGGUGGAAAUCGCCAUUUCUUUCAUGCCGCCGAAAGUUUUGCAACGGAUCUUCCCUCCCAUCGUGACCGGCCCUACCGUCAUGCUCAUCGGCGUGCAUCUGAUCGAGACUGGCUUCCAGAACUGGGCUGGCGGCAGUGGUCUCUGCAACACGCUACCCGACGAGGGAUUCUAUCGAUUGUGUCCGGACAUUACUGCGCCGCACGCUCUUCGCUGGGGAAGUGCCGAGUUCAUCGGCCUCGGAUUCCUCGUCUUCCUGACCAUCAUUCUGUGCGAACGCUUCGGGUCUCCCAUCAUGAAAUCCACCAGCGUCAUCAUCGGCCUGUUGAUGGGCUGCAUUGUCGCCGCUGGUUGUGGCUACUUCGACGAUUCGGGCAUCAAGACUGCUCCCGUGGCCUCGUUCAUCUGGGUCAAGACGUUCCCUCUCUCCGUGUACGGCCCGCUCGUCUUGCCCGUCAUGACUGUCUUCAUCAUCUGCGCCUGCGAAGCCAUCGGCGAUGUGACUGCUACUUGCGAUGUCUCGCGCCUUGAAGUCGAGGGACCACAAUUCGAAUCCCGUAUCCAGGGUGGUGUGUUGGCGGAUGGACUGAAUGGCAUUAUCGCUGCCUUGAUGACCAUUACUCCCAUGUCCACUUUCGCUCAGAACAACGGCGUCAUUGCACUCACCCGCUGCGCCAACCGGAGAGCCGGAUAUUGCUGCUGCUUGUUCCUGAUCAUCAUGGGCCUCUUCGCCAAAUUCUCCGCGGCGCUGGUCGCUAUCCCAUCAGCCGUUCUUGGAGGCAUGACGACUUUCCUCUUCUGCGCUGUCGCUGUUUCUGGUAUGGCCAUUGUCAGCCAUGUCCCUUUCAACCGACGAACCCGAUUCGUUCUGACGGCUUCGCUUGCCGUCGGCUACGGCUCGACCCUUGUCCCGACCUGGUUCGACAACGUGUUUACCUAUGAUGGCGGUAACCAUGCUCUGCGUGGCUUCUAUGAUGCCAUUGUCCUGGUCAUGGAAACUGGCUUUGCCGUCACCGCUUUCCUCGCCAUGAUCUUGAACUUGGUCCUGCCUGAGGAGUUUGAGGAUACUCCUGAAGGAAUCAAGCAGGACGCCCUGGCGCAGCAUAAUUCAUCAGAUACUCCCAGCUUCGCUGGCGAGUCCUUCGCUGGCGAGUCGUCUAAGGUCCAGGAUCUACCUUCGAAGGAAGUCGCAUAG